GAGAAAGAUUUAGAGAACUCCAAUGUGCAUUAGUUGUUUUAACAGUGACAUUCCAAAAACUUUUUUUCAAUGUCCAAAUGCACUAAGGGUCUUUGAUCUUAGCUAUACCGGUAUUUCAGUACUACCCUCUUCAUUCAAUCUCCUCACCAACCUCCAAGCCUUGUAUUUGGAUUGUUGCAAUAAAAUAACCGACAUCUCCAUACUUGGGAAGCUGAAGAAAGUUGAGAUUCUUAGCUUGAAAAAAAUUCCUCAUAAGGAGUUGCCGAAAGAGAUAGGAAAUUUGACCAGUCUAAGGAUGCUGGACGUCACUGGUGGUUGUGUUCACAAAAUUCCAUCUAAAGUGCUAUCGAGGUUGUAUAGACUGGAAGAAUUGUACAUGAAAUGUGAAUUUGGGGACUGGGGAAGUAAAGUCGAGGAAGCAGUGGGACAAACAAAUGCCGACUUUGAUGAGAUAAUUAGCUUGUUCCGUUUAAACAUUUUGAAGGUUUACAUAUCUGAUGCAGCUUGCUUACCCACAGAAAUUGGGUACUUUGAGCCGACUUGGGUAAAAUUUGACAUAUGCAUCAGCAGAGAUCUCUCUUCGGAAAUGAUGCUUGCUCCGGAUGAUCAACCUUCAAGAACCUUGACUCUUGACAGAACAAUCAAUGGCUUAUCGGAUUGGUUUAUCAAUGUGGUGACACAGAAAGCAGAAAAACUAGAGUACAGAGAGUGUAAGGGAUUAAACAACAUUCUUAAGGAAUAUGAGCAUGGGAGAUUACAUGGACUCAAGCAUCUCUCUGUAAUUGGGUGCCAUGAAAACUUGGAAGAGUUGAUAAAUGCAACAACAUGGGAUCCAAGUAAACCUGUGUUCGAGAGCUUGGAAGAGCUGCAUCUCCUUCACUUGCAAUGCCUCAAGGAGUUAUGUGUUGGUGAAUUACCUCUGGGAUCUCUGUGCAAUCUCAAGUUAUUGAAAGUGCAAACUUGUUGUAACUUGGUGAAUGCACUUUUACCACCAAAAUUGUUGCAGAGACUAACAAAUCUAGAAACAGUAUUUUGUGUAAAUAUGGAACACAUGAAAUAUGUGUUUGCAUCUGAAGGGCUGGAGCUUGGAACGAUUCUCUUGACAAAAUUGAGCGAGAUGAGAUUGUGCGCUCUCUUCGAACUAAUAAGCAUCUGGAAUGGUCCGGCUCCACAUGCAAUCUUUGGGAAUCUUAAAGUUUUGGCAGUUUGCAAGUGUACAAAACUGAAAAAUCUAUUCCCAUCCGAUGUAGCUCGAUCUCUUGUGCAAUUGGAAGACCUCUCUGUAGAGCGCUGCCCUAACUUGGGCAUAGUUAUUGAAGCAUGCACCAGCUUGAAAAAGAUAUAUCUGUUUCCAGAAUUGAAGAAAUUAGCUUUGAUAAAUCUUCCAGAGCUCACAUGGUUCUGCACCGAAAAUGGUACUGUUCAUACCGAAUGCCCUUUAUUGGAAUACUUGUAUGUGGAUGAGUGCCCCCAGUUUGUAAACUCUGCUUCUGCUUCUGUUAAACUCAACGAUCAACAACAUUUGAAUUCUCUAGCGAAAAGUUUUCUUUUCUUAUUGAUCAGAUGGGAGGAUAUGUAUAAGCUUUAAGAGAGCUGAUAUAGGGAAGGCAAAAGAAAGAGAUGCUCAGCGUAACUAUAUGCAUGCAUGAAUGCUAUUAUUAUUGUACACAAAUUGAGAUAAUUGCCAUAAUCACAUCAGAAGAUUGAGUUGAAUCUUCAGCUGUAGUGUUUGUAGCCAUUAGUAAUUGGUAAAAAGGAUUAGUAAUCCUUAGUCAGUGGUUGUGAAUGACUGAUUUAAAAGCUCCAAGCCUCCAAGAUA